CUUUCUGUGACGUCACCUGGAGCCCGGACCCGGCGUUGCAGCGGUGUGUGUAUGUGCGUGUUUGGCAACAACAAAGGAGUGUUUGGGGAACAGUUACCUGCAUUUUGUCGUCCGCGGUGUUUUUAUGCACAUUAUCACAGGCAUUAGUUGGUUGCGAUGACACCCCCGCUACUGCUGUCCUUUGGAGGAAGAGGAAGAGGAAGGAGGUGAUGAUGAUGAUAAUGACAUGCAGUUAGCUAGCUGGCUGCCUCUCUGGCUAGCUGGCUGACGGACGGACUAGAGCCCGCGGAGUGUUGCAGGUGUCACCCCGAAAGCAGUGCAGGAUCCGGGCUGAAGAGAGGCGAAGAUGCCGCGGAGAAAACAGUCCAACCCGCAGCCGGUGAAACUGGACUCUGAAGACGGGGCGGUGGUGUGCGAGCCGAGCUGCCUCGUUUUGGACAGCGACUUCCUGCUGACCGGCGAGCUGGAUUUUGGAGACUCGGAGAUCAUGGGGCUGGACAGAGAGUCUGGUAUGACAGUCUUCUCUCUAAGCGUGGAGGAUGACUCGUCAGCACCAACAGACUCCACCUUCCCGGCGUUCCUCUCCUGUAAGGGAUGUGGUCAGCUCCUGGGAGACACACCUCUGGGGGCAGGCUUAGAUCUCGGUGUAGGGCUGGACCUAGGGGCGGAGCUUUAUUGUCUCUCCUGUGAGGAGGGCCUUCAGCACGGUGCCUCCAUCGACUCCUCUCAGUUGGAGGGCUCCAACCUGUCCGACGGAUCCCUCGGCGGCAGCGCCGACAGAAAGAGGAGAAGUGUAGACAAGACCGCCGACACCGCCUCCAAACUGUACUCCUGCUCGCUGUGCGCCUUCACCUCGCGCUACUCCAACCACCUUAAACGGCACAUGCGGAUCCACGACGGCCAGAAGCCGUACCGCUGCCCCGUCUGCCCCUACGCCUCGGCCCAGCUCGUCAACCUGCAGCGCCACGCCCGCACGCACACGGGGGAGAAGCCGUACCGCUGCCACCAGUGCAACUACGCCUGCAGCUCCCUCGGUAACCUGCGCAGGCACCAGCGCAUGCACACGCAGGAGAGACCACAGAGGAGGGAGAAGGAGAAACGGCGGGGAAGACGGAAAAAGGCAAACGGUGAAGCAGAAGAAGUCAUGUCAGACCUGACCCUGCGAGUGUCCCAGGACUCUGCUUACCUCCAGACGUUGGGGGGACUCGGCUCCCCCUCUGGGCCCCUGCCGGUCCUGCUCUUCCCCCUCUGCUGCCGGGUGUGUGGCCUCACCCUGGAGGAGUCCGACCUGGAGGGGGACAAGGCCGAGGGGGAGGUGGAGGGUGAUGGAGGCCAGGUGUGCCGUCGUUGCUCCAAAGACAGUUCCAGGGCUCCCUGCAGCCCGGACGUGUCUCGGGGUUCCCGGCGCGGUCAGCGCGGCACCAAGCUGUACCGCUGCCCUCACUGCCCCUUCCUGUCCCACUACCCCAACCACCUGGCCCGUCACUCCCACAUCCACUCGGAGGAGAAACCUCACUGCUGCCCGCACUGCCCCUACACAUCCUCGCACCUCGACAACCUCAAACGGCACCUGCGCGUGCACACGGGCGAGAAGCCUUACCAGUGCCCGUCGUGCAGCUACGCCUGCGGGAACCUGGCCAACCUGCGGCGCCACGAGCGCAUCCACUCGGGCGCGAAGCCGUUCCACUGCGCCAUCUGUGGCUACUCCUGCAACCAGAGCAUGAACCUGAAGAGGCACAUGCUGCGGCACACGGGCGAGAAGCCGUACGCCUGCACCGAGUGCGGCUACACCACGGGCCACUGGGACAACUACAAACGCCACCAGAGGAAGCACGGGCACAACACGGACACCUGGGACAAACACGCACCCAUCAAUGGCCUCAGCUGGGGCAAAGACACUCAGGAGAGCCAGAGUCAGGGACAGGAGCACUCUUAAACAUAGUGUGUGUGUGCGUGUGCGUGAGUGCGUGCGUGACAACUGCAGCAAUUAGUCGAUCAGUAAAACAUAUUGAUAGCAAAUCAAUAAAAGUUGGACAUUU